UGUUGUCUCAUCUUUAGUCCCGUAGUAAGUGCUACCAGGGUUAGGAAAGUCGCUUCGCUCGUUCCGUUGGUUUGAGUUUCAAAUAAAAGUUGACCAGUGUACAUGAUCUAGUUUGUAUUACGAACUUUUUCUUCUUGAGAUUUCAUGAUAGCUUGAAAUUUUAUAAACUUGAGUAACAGUUUUUGGUUAUUGUCUGUAAAGUUUUCUUUUCAAAGUCAUUGGAUUCAUGAACACAGUUAUUAAAAUCUUCCGCGGUUAUUUUUUCUGACUCCAUUAGGGCAACUUCUAAACACUGUUUACAGCUAGAGAGGUCAAGAACUAUGUUUGUUUCAUCUUUAGUUCAUGGAGUUCUUUUUAUGCUACAAGUUCCUGUUUCUCUUGGAAGCUGGGAAGAAUGGUGGACAUACGAUGGGAUAUCUGGUCCCAAUUACUGGGGUCUAUUGAAUCCAGAGUGGAGUCUGUGUAACAUAGGUAAUCGUCAGUCUCCUGUGGAUAUUGAUCCUUCCAAACUAUUGUUCGAUCCCCAUCUGCGACCACUGCAGGUGGGAAAAAAACGAAUAAAUGGAAUAAUCACCAACACCGGGCAUGGAAUUGUCUUUAAGGCCAAUUCUACAGCAAAAGCAGAAGCGGUCUACAUCAAAAGUGGACCAUUAUCGUACGAAUAUCGUGUGGACGAAGUGCAUGUGCACUUUGGAAGUUCUGAGAAUUUUGGUUCUGAGCACACAGUAGCUGGUCAAACCUUUCCUGCAGAGGUCCAAAUUUUGGGAUUCAACUCAGACCUCUACAAAAAUAUCUCAGAAGCAGUUACAAAGUCUCAAGGAAUCGUCGGGAUGGCACUCCUUAUCCAGGUGGGCGAAGAAACGAAUUUCCAGCUUAGACUACUAAUAAGUCAACUUAACGAGGUUCUCUACAAAGGACAACAGGCUAUUCUAAAAUCGCUCUCGGUGCAGGAACUGCUUCCUGAUACUCAUUUCUAUACUACGUACGAAGGCUCAUUAACAAUGCCCGGAUGUCACGAGACUGUUACGUGGCUUGUGAUGAACAAACCACUUUAUAUAACUAGACAACAGCUCUACGCGCUUAGACAGCUGAUGCAAGGAGAACAGGAAAACCCAAAAGCGCCCCUAGUCAACAAUUUUAGGCCAACACAAGCCAUGCACCGUCGUUUGCUCAGAACAAAUAUUGAUUUCAAUCGUCGUAAGAGCCUACAGUGUCCUACUAUGUACAAGAAUAUGUUCUAUCAGGCAAAUCCAGGACUACAAUAAGGAUUGUGGGGAUCAUACUAUUUUAGUGUAAAGCGGCUUGAGAUUUUGGUUUUAUGAUUCAAAACGGACUAUCUUGAUUAUUCUGACGGACUUUUAUAAACUGAAAAAAAAAAUUAUGUACUGCUUUAAUAACUUCCGUCCUGUCCAAUCGUUUAUAUACAAUCAAACAAUACAGUGAAAGAAUGAAACACAUUUCAAGCCCAAAUCCAAAAAUGUCUGUUUUGUGGUCCUAGUUUCUGACAAAGAUCAUUUGGAC